CUCCUUCUCCUCCUCCUCCGCGACCUCCUCCUCCUCCUCCUGUUCUUUCUCCCGAGAAACUUCGCCCAGGCGGUGCGGAACGCCGCUGCGCAGCGGGGGAGGGACGCAGGCAGGCGGCGGGCAGCGGGAGGCGGUAGCCCCGUGCGGUUUCCGCGGCUCCCAGCUGAGCCCCGCGCCCGCCGCGCCAUGGCCCGGAGACCCCGACACAGCAUAUACAGUAGUGACGAGGACGAUGAAGACAUUGAGAUGUGUGAUCAUGACUAUGAUGGGCUGCUGCCUAAGUCUGGAAAGCGCCACUUGGGGAAAACUAGGUGGACCAGGGAAGAGGAUGAAAAGCUAAAGAAGCUGGUGGAACAGAAUGGAACAGAUGACUGGAAAGUUAUUGCCAAUUAUCUCCCGAAUCGAACAGAUGUGCAGUGCCAGCACCGAUGGCAGAAAGUUCUAAAUCCUGAACUCAUCAAGGGUCCUUGGACCAAAGAAGAAGAUCAGAGAGUGAUAGAGCUUGUACAGAAAUACGGUCCGAAACGUUGGUCUGUUAUUGCCAAGCACUUAAAGGGGAGAAUUGGAAAACAAUGUAGGGAGAGGUGGCAUAACCACUUGAAUCCAGAAGUUAAGAAAACCUCCUGGACAGAAGAGGAAGACAGAAUUAUUUACCAGGCACACAAGAGACUGGGGAACAGAUGGGCAGAAAUCGCAAAGCUACUGCCUGGACGAACUGAUAAUGCUAUCAAGAACCACUGGAAUUCUACAAUGCGUCGGAAGGUCGAGCAGGAAGGUUAUCUGCAGGAGUCUUCUAAAGCCAGCCCACCAACAGUGGCCCCCAGUUUCCAGAAGAACAGCCAUCUGAUGGGUUUUGCUCAUCCUCCACCGUCAGCUCAUCUCCCACCGGCUGGCCAGCCCUCGGUGAACAAUGACUAUUCCUAUUACCACAUUUCUGAAGCACAAAAUGUCUCCAGUCAUGUCCCGUAUCCUGUAGCGUUACAUGUAAAUAUAGUCAACGUCCCUCAGCCAGCGGCUGCAGCCAUUCAGAGACACUAUAAUGAUGAAGACCCUGAGAAAGAAAAGCGAAUAAAGGAAUUAGAAUUGCUCCUCAUGUCAACUGAGAAUGAGCUCAAAGGACAGCAGGCGCUACCGACCCAGAACCACACAUGCAGCUAUCCUGGGUGGCACAGCACCACCAUCGCUGACCACACCAGACCUCAUGGGGACAGUGCACCUGUUUCCUGUUUGGAAGAACACCACUCCACUCCAUCUCUGCCUGUGGACCCCGGCUCCCUACCUGAAGAAAGUGCCUCCCCAGCAAGGUGCAUGAUCGUUCACCAAGGGACCAUCCUGGAUAACGUCAAGAACCUCUUAGAAUUUGCAGAAACACUUCAAUUUAUAGAUUCUGAUUCUUCAUCACGGUGUGAUCUCAGCAGUUUUGAAUUCUGUGAAGAACCAGAGUUUUCACCUAGCCAACAGCAUGCAGGCAAAGCCCUACAGCUUCAGCAAAGAGAGGGCAGAGUGACUAGCCCUGCAGGAGAGCCUAGCACGAGGGCGCACAGACUCAAGUUGAACAAGGGUUCCCUUGACCCGCUCAAGCCCUCACCUCCUUCGAGGCACAGCACACUUCCACUGGUCAUCCUACGAAAAAAGCGGGGCCAGGCUAGCCCCUUGGCCACUGGAGACUCUAGCUCCUUCGUAUUUGCUGACGUCAGCAGCUCAACUCCCCAGCGUUCCCCUGUCAAAAGCCUACCCUUCUCCCCUUCACAGUUCUUAAACACUUCUGGUAACCAUGAAAACUUAGACUUGGAAAUGCCUUCUUUAACUUCCACACCUCUCAAUGGUCACAAAUUGACUGUUACAACACCAUUUCAUAGAGACCAGACUGUGAAAACUCAAAAGGAAAAUACUAUUUUUAGAACUCCAGCUAUCAAAAGGUCAAUCCUAGAAAGCUCUCCAAGAACUCCUACACCAUUCAAACACGCCCUGGCAGCUCAAGAAAUUAAAUAUGGUCCUCUGAAGAUGCUACCUCAGACACCAUCUCACCUAGUAGAAGACCUACAGGAUGUGAUCAAGCAGGAAUCGGAUGAACCUGGCAUUGUUGCCGAGUUUCAAGAAAAUGGACCCCCUUUGCUGAAAAAGAUCAAACAAGAGGUGGAAUCCCCAACGGAUAAAGCAGGAAACUUCUUCUGCUCCAACCACUGGGAAGGGGAGAGCCUGAACACCCAGCUGUUCACACAGACAUCGCCUGUGACAGACGUGCCAAAUAUUCUCACAAGUUCCGUUUUAAUGACGCCAGUAUCAGAAGAUGAAGACAAUGUUCUCAAAGCAUUUACAGUACCUAAAAACAGGUCCCUGGCGAGUCCCUUGCAGCCUUGUGGUGGCGCCUGGGAAGCUGCCUCCUGUGGAAAGACGGAAGAUCAGGUGACGGCUUCUGGUCAGGCUCGGAAGUAUGUGAACGCCUUCUCAACCCGGACUCUGGUCAUGUGAGACGUUUCUAGACAAGCAUUAUGGUUUUCAGAACACUUCAAGUUGACUUGGGAUAUGUCAUUCCUUUACAUGAGACUUUUCAUGAAUGGGAGAAGAGCCUAUUUUUGUUGUGGUACAACAGUUGAGAGCAGCACCAAGUGCAUUUAGGUGGAUGAAAUCUUCUGGGAUUUCACCCCACAAAAAGGAUUUUUUAAAAAUAAAUAAAUAACAGUCUUACCUAAAUUUUUAGGUAAUGAAUUAUAGUCAGUUUAAUAUCUUAAUGCAGAUUUUUUUAAAACAUAAAGUGAUUUAUCUGUUUUUUAGAGGACCAAUGGACCAGUAUUUUUUUUUCCUGUGAUGAGGUUUUUGAAAUUUUAUACACACACACACAAAAAAGGUAUUCUAAUAUAUCACUUUUCUCAAUCACUAAACACAAUGCAUUACUGUAAAUGUUGGCUUAAUACCAUGGGAUCUUUAAUCAAGAUUGUAAAUGCUCAUUUAUGGUUAAUAACAUUGGAGGUACAUUUAUUGUACUAAACCAUUUUAUGAGUUUUUUUGUUAGCUUGCUUUAAAAAUUAUU